AACUAAGAUGGCGCCGCCCGCCGAGUUACCCAAGCAUAGUUUCCGGCUAUACUCGGAAGCACGAUUCCACGCUGAGACGGCUGGGGGUUGCCAGCGGUGUGGGUUUUCUUAAAACUGCUCGCCGUGGAGCCAGUUUGCAGCCAACAUGUCUAGCAGAAACAAUAACAAGCUUCCCAGCAACCUGCCGCAGUUACAGAAUCUGAUCAAGCGGGACCCGCCGGCCUACAUCGAGGAGUUUCUACAGCAGUAUAAUCACUACAGAUCCAAUGUGGAGAUUUUCAAACUACAACCAAACAAACCCAGUAAAGAACUGGCAGAGCUGGUGAUGUUUAUGGCACAGAUUGGUCACUGUUAUCCAGAACAUUUAAGCAACUUUCCUCAAGAGCUGAAAGAUCUUCUCUCCUACAACCACACUGUCUUGGAUCCAGAUCUUCGAAUGACAUUUUGCAAAGCUUUGAUUUUGCUGAGAAAUAAGAAUCUCAUCGAUCCAUCAAGUUUGCUGGAACUCUUCUUUGAACUUCUGCGUUGUCACGAUAAGCUUCUGCGAAAGACUUUAUAUACUCAUAUUGUGACUGAUAUCAAGAAUAUAAAUGCAAAACACAAGAACAAUAAAGUGAAUAUAGUGUUACAGAAUUUCAUGUACACCAUGUUAAGAGACAGCAAUGCGACUGCAGCCAAGAUAUCUCUGGAUGUGAUGAUUGAGCUCUACAGAAGAAACAUCUGGAAUGAUGCCAAAACUGUCAAUGUGAUCACAACAGCUUGUUUCUCUAAGGUCACCAAGAUACUAGUUGCUGCUUUGACAUUCUUUCUUGGGAAAGAUGAAGAGGAGAAACAGGACAGUGACUCAGAAUCUGAGGAUGAAGGACCAACAGCAAGAGACCUGCUAGUGCAGUACGCCACAGGGAAGAAAAGCUCCAAAAACAAGAAAAAGUUGGAAAAGGCUAUGAAAGUGCUCAAGAAACAAAAGAAGAAGAGAAAGCCAGAGGUGUUCAACUUUUCAGCUAUUCACUUGAUUCAUGAUCCCCAAGAUUUUGCAGAGAAGCUACUGAAGCAGCUCGAGACCUCUAAGGAGAGGUUUGAAGUGAAGAUGAUGCUCAUGAACCUCAUCUCCAGAUUGGUGGGAAUUCACGAGCUUUUUCUCUUCAACUUCUACCCCUUUGUGCAGAGGUUCCUGCAGCCCCACCAAAGAGAAGUAACAAAGAUCCUUCUGUUUGCUGCGCAAGCAUCUCAUCACUUAGUCCCUCCGGAGAUCAUCCAGUCAGUACUCAUGACUGUGGCCAACAAUUUUGUUACCGACAAGAACUCCGGGGAAGUCAUGACAGUAGGAAUCAACGCUAUAAAAGAGAUAACAGCUCGAUGUCCUCUAGCCAUGAGUGAAGAACUUCUCCAAGACCUGACUCAGUAUAAAUCACACAAAGAUAAGAAUGUGACGAUGUCCGCUAGAACUUUGAUUCAGCUCUUCCGAACACUAAACCCUCAGAUGUUGCAGAAGAAACUCCGGGGUAAGCCUACAGAGGCCUCUGUAGAAGCAAGAGUGCAAGAAUAUGGAGAACUAGACACUAAAGAUUACAUUCCAGGAGCAGAAAUUCUGGAAGUUGAAAAAGAAGAAGAAAAUGCUGAAGACAAUGAAGAUGGGUGGGAAAGUGCCAGUCUCAGAGAGGAGGAAGAUGCCGAUGGCGAGUGGGUUGAUGUGCACCAUUCCUCGGAUGAAGAACAGAAAGAAAUCUCCGAGAAGCUGAACAGCUUGCCCCUGGAGGAGCGGAAAGCCAAAGCCGCAGCCGUCAGCACUAGCCGAGUUUUAAGUCAGGAAGACUUCCAGAAAAUCCGAAUGGCCCAAAUGAGGAAAGAACUCGAUGCUGCCCCCGGGAAGGCACAAAAGAGGAAGUAUAUUGAAAUAGACAGUGACGAGGAGUCCAGGGGUGAGUUACUUUCUCUUCGGGACAUUGAACGCCUUCACAAGAAGCCAAAGUCCGACAAGGAGACGAGGCUGGCAACCGCAAUGGCUGGCAGAACAGACCGAAAAGAAUUUGUGAGGAAGAAGACCAAAAUGAAUCCAUUUUCCAGUUCCACAAAUAAGGAGAAGAAAAAACAGAAGAAUUUUAUGAUGAUGCGGUACAGUCAUAGCGUCCGGUCAAAAACUAAGCGUUCCUUCCGAGAAAAGCAGCUGGCGCUACGAGAUGCACUCUUGAAAAAGAGAAAAAGAAUGAAGUAACUUCCAAGCAAAUUUUCCAUUCCAAGGAGGAUGCUAAAUUUGUGUCAUUACUCUGAAAAUUAGUAAACUAAGAAUGUUUGUUUACAUUAAAAAUCCAGAAACACUGUAUUGUGAAAACCACAGUAAACUUGGUAGCUUUUGGUGUUCUUAUUUUAGAGAUGGCUAAUGGUUUGAAGUGAAAUAGUAAAUGGUGGUGUAAAGUGAUUUUCAUUUAGUAUUCAUGCCCCAAAAAGGAUAUAUAUAUAUAUAGAGAGAGAGAGUGCCUAUUAAUUGUCACUGAACAUAUAAUGAACCAGAAUUCCUCACUCAAGGCAUUUAUAGCCUAUUUGUGGGAUGAGGCGCGAGGCAGGUGUGUAUAUGUGUAUUUACAGUGCAGUAUAAAUAGCUCUCUAGUAGAGAUAGGGCCAUGUUUCUGUGGGGUCACAGACACCUUAUGGACUAACUCUGCAGGGGAUGGGGGUUAUGUAUUCUCUUAAAACAGGACAAUGUUACAAGAGUAAGAGGAUCUUACUUGUAAAUAGGCUUUCCUGCUGAAAACAGGUCCCUGCUGUACAGAUUUUGGAUAGACAAUUUAGCAUUUUUAGUCUUAUCCAAAAGACAUAUUUUUUUAAUUCUAGCUACAGGCUUUUUGGUUAAGACCUUGCUUUUUAAAUUGCCUUACGUAUAAAUAGUAAUGUUGGGGUGACUUAAGUUCAUCAUUUGGGCUGCCCACUCUUCCAUAGAGGAAAAAGAAAUCAGAUUGGUUUCCUCUGCCUUUCUUCACCCUGUAAAAUGUUCAGCCCACUAUUUCCCUUGUCUCAAUAAAAGGUUUCUUAUGUCAAA